CUGUCGGUUAAACUUUCUUUACCCAGAGUGAUGAACGUGCUGUGACUGAAUACAGAUAAAGAUAAAUUCAUUAUAACUACAGCUCUUUAGCUCUGAAUUCUCAGAAUAAGAUAAGUGAUGAACAUUGAAACAUUGUUGUUUACAUUUGGUCAUGAUAUCCAAAGUAACCGUACUAUUGACGGUAAAAGGGGGUGAUUUUGUUUUCUUAUUGCAUGAUGAGGGGAGGGGAGGUUAAAAAUUAACAGAUUACAAACAUAAAAAAGUGAGGAGGAGAAUCAGACGAGUCAGGGACUGAGAGAUCCAGUUUAAUCUGAACCAACUUGAACAUGAUGUGGUUGCUUUUGUUGUUCUGUGGCUUGACUUCAGCCCAGAUUACGUCUUUAGAGUUUGGUUCUGAAGCAGAGGUAUGCUCUCCUAACAUGUGUGCUUUCCUCAAAGAGUUUGGUGCCAUGAAGGAAAAACUCACUGCUAUGGAAACCAAGCUACAGGAGAGUGACAGCAGGCUGCAGGAGAGUGAGAGCAGGCUGCAGGAGAGUGAGAAAUUGUGUCUUGAACUGAAGAGUAAAGAACAAAUCAAGGUGAUCUUCAGUGCAGCCAUAGGGGGAGACGGCCGACACAUCGGACCUUUUGAUACUGACACAGUUUUAAUCUACAAAACGGCCAUAACAAACAUCGGAAACGCCUACAACACCGCCACAGGUGUCUUCACUGCACCUGUUUCAGGUGUUUACUACUUUAAUCUCUUCUAUCACGCUGGAGGGGAACAUGGAGUUUUUCUAAUACUCUACAAGAACAGCCAGAUGAUUGUCAGCACUGCAGGGCUCAGGACAGACAACGACCCCUCUGAUAAUGGAGGAAACGCCGUGUUUCUGCAGCUACAGCCGGGAGACCAGGUGUUCGUGAAAAUGCGAGCAAAUAAUUAUGUCUGGGGAAAUAAUUAUAUGACCACUUUCAGUGGUUUUUUAGUCACUCAGAUGUGAUCGUCUCCCAUACAGGGAUGUUUCUUGGAGAAUUUAAAUUAUCUGUCUUUAUCCCUUAUCUUGCAUAAGAAUAAAUGUAGGAUGCACAAAAGAAUAAAAUAAUCUGCAAUGAAAA